AAAGCGUAUGAAAUCUUUAAAAAGUAUAACUUAAAAACAAAACACGUCUUUGUAAGGUCGCGACUUCACGCUCCAGUCAGUCGGUGGCUCCGUGUCGACCGCUGCAAUUGACUUACUUUUUAUUACAAUAGUUGAGUGACAAGGGAAUACAUAGGAAGAUGUUUCGUUACCUCCUCAUAGUCUUACUACAGCUGGAGUUGCUCCGAGGCAGCAACGUCUCCAAUGAGCUUGCGGACGAGGAACUGGUCCUAUCUUUUGUGGUUAGUCGGCAUGGAGAAAGAGCACCAGAUUCUGAUGAAUUGGCUCUGUCAGAUCAGCAGGAAAAGUUGAGAAAAUUGACAUACAUCGAAGGUUUAGAAGGACUGACUAACGCUGGUAAACGUCGGGCCUAUCAAAUCGGUAAAUUCAUUCGCCAACGCUACGGACACGAGGGCUAUGGACUGCUGCCCAAAAUAUAUAUGCCAAGCGAAGUAGAAAUCAGAAGUACUGAUAAAGACAGGACGAAGAUGACCGCACAGAUCGCGAUGGCAGCUGUCUUCCCUCCAGAGCCUGAAGAACAGUGGGACGAAGGUUUGGGAAGAGUCUGGCAGCCGGUUCCUUACACAGCCAUACCUCUGUCAGAGGAUUAUUUGCGCUAUUAUGCAAACUGUCAGAAAUUCAAGGACCUCAUGGCUAUAGCUAAGAAAAAGGCCGUGUUGGAAGAAUUCCAUCAAUUCCAGGACAUGGUGUCACUAAUUUUGAAGGAGACAGGAAAAGACUUCAGCGAGGACCCGCUCCAGUUUCAGACCAUAUUUGAUCUGUUUAAAAGCACGGUCAGUUUAGGAUUAGACAUUCCGGAAUGGGCGAAACCUUUACUACCCGAGCUAGGUGAAGCAGCUAGGUUAGCUUACCGGCUCUACUAUAAGACUGAUGAAAUGAAGAAAAUUGGGGGUGGAGUUCUGCUCAACGAUUUCAUCGAAGCAGCAAAAAAGAUAUCAUCGGGUGAGCCGAUGAAGAAACGUUUCCGAAUGUUCUCCGGACAUGACUUCAAUAUCGGCUCACUGAUGGAGGUCACUAAGGUCAUCAGACACGAACAGAGCAACCCCGAGUAUGGUGCACUGUUCGCCUUAGAGCUGUACAAGUCAAAGAGGACCGGGGAAUAUUCAGUUGUGCCUAUCUAUUUACCUCGAGCUGGAGCAUCGUCAGUCCAAGUUCUUCACUUCAGUUUCUGUGAGAACACACCCCACUGCAGCUUGGAGAAGUUCAUUGAAAAUACUAAGGAGUUUGUCCUACCAGAAAAAGACUUCUACAACAUCUGUACCAUCAAAACUGAACUGUGAUACAAUGUGAUAUUAAACUAAUGAUGCAUAGUAAGGAAGGUAUUUAAGUUUCAUAAUAUAAUCAUCAAUUAGGGCCAACGAAACAAGAUAUUUUUGUAAAUAUCUUUUUUUACUCCAAUAUCUACUGUGAAACGUGUUCUUAAAAUGAUCCAAUAAAACCAAGGCAUGCGGUGUAACUUUCAUUAAAAGGAUUACACUCGCACUCGACGGAUUAAAACGAUAUUUUAAUAAUUAAUAUGGGAGUUUUUAAUUAAUUUUUUAAAGCCAUCGCUCAUUUUGCCGUUUCACAAAAAUUACGAUUUACUUUUAAUGUCUGUAGUUAGUUCGUUUGAUGUAUUUGACGUCAAUUAAAAAGUUUUGUUCAUCCAGAAUGUACCAUGUUUGGAUUUUAUUUUGAUACUCGUUGGUCUUAUCCUUUACAUAGCGACUGCCUGAUGCUUAACUGUCCCUGGAUUGUAUGUGUUUUAAGAAGUGUAAGAUAUCGACAUUGAAAUAUAAUAAUGUCAUAUUUUGUUAAUAGGACUUAUAAAGCAUUUGGAUUAAAAUAUAAGGAAAGGCUCUGUUUUGUGUGAUAAUUAUUUGUUUUGUAAUAAUAUUGUACUGAGAGCGUCGGCCAUGUUAAUAACUGAUGCAUUUUCUCUGUAAUAGUUGAUAGUUUUGAUGAUAUUAUAAACUUUUGUAUUUUUA